AUGAACGCUAUCCGCAAGAUCUUCUCCAGAAAGUCAUCAUCCAAAUCUCAACAGCUUCAAGAACAAGUUGAUUUAAAGAGAAUGGAGAGGGAGGAGUUGAUGAGAGCACUGGAGCUUGAACAGAAGAAGAAUGAGAUGUUGGAGUACUCUCUGAAUGGAGGAAUCGUUCGCAAAAAUUAUCGAGAGGAGGUUGAUUUCCAGACGUCGAGAAGCAAAGACAUCCAGAAGAAAAUCGAAGAGGGAGAGGAGAGAUUCCAAGAACUGUUCAAAGAAAACGACGAGCACCUGCAACUUCUUCUAGUUCUCGCAUCUCUCAACAUUGAAUUGGAUUCAGUGUUCUCUCCUGAGAAUAUGACUGCAUUCUUGAGAAACGAGAAGGCUCAAACCGAGAAACAACGUCAAAAGAUGCUCCAAGCAUGGCAACUUCUUAAAGCUCCAGAGAAGAACCAUUUGAAACCAUGGAGGUGCUGUGAAAUCUGCAACCAAGAGUUCCAACAGACUGACGAAAGAGUUCCUCGUAUUCUCGGAUGCGGGCACACAUACUGUCACACAUGUCUCGUCCAACUCGCCAAGAAUACACCAAAAUCUAGCGCCAUCUGUUGCCCUGUCGAUAAGAAGUACACCGUUCUCCAUGACAACAAAGUAGAGAGACUCCCAAAGAAUUUUACUGUGAUGCAUAUGUGA